AUACUGCCUCUCCAAAGGGCUCUGGGUGCUACUGUGUGCAGAGUUCCACAGCUCGGACUGCUUGAAGGGGGAUCAAGGGACCCACACUGAGCCCUGGUGGACAGCAGAGAGAACUGGAAUAAUUCUGCCCAGAAAAGGAACAGCACCUCUCUUGGCCUCCCCCUGCGUCAGUCAGGCAUCAUGUGGCUGGAACUUCUUCUCGCCUCAGUGCUGGGCUUUGUCAUCUACUGGUUUGUCUCGAAGGACAAGGAAGAAACCUUGCCGCUUGAAGAUGGGUGGUGGGGCCCAGGGACGAAAUCUUCAGCCAGGGAAGAUGAAAGCAUCCAUCCCUUCAAGGUGGAAACGUCGGAUGAGGAGAUCAAGGACUUACACCAGAGGAUUGAUGGGUUCCGUAUAACCCCACCCUUGGAGGGCAGCUGCUUCCACUAUGGCUUCAACUCCAACUACCUGAAGAAAGUUGUGUCCUAUUGGAGGAAUGAGUUUGACUGGAAGAAGCAGGUGGAGAUCCUCAACAAGUACCCUCACUUCAAGACCAAGAUUGAAGGACUGGACAUCCACUUCAUCCAUGUGAAGCCCCCCCAGCUGCCUUCAGGUCGCACCCCAAAGCCCUUGCUGAUGGUGCACGGCUGGCCUGGCUCCUUCUUUGAGUUUUACAAGAUCAUCCCACUACUGACUGACCCCAAGACCCACGGCCUGAGUGAUGAGCACGUGUUUGAAGUCAUCUGCCCCUCCAUUCCUGGCUAUGGCUUCUCAGAAGCAUCCAGCAAGAAAGGCUUCAACACAGUGGCAACCGCUAGGAUCUUCUACAAACUGAUGUCAAGACUGGGAUUCCAGAAAUUCUACAUUCAAGGCGGGGACUGGGGGUCCCUGAUCUGCACCAACAUAGCCCAGCUGGUCCCCAACCACGUGAAAGGCUUGCACUUGAACGUAGCCUUCAUUCCAAAUAGUCUCUACACCCUGACCCCUCUCCUGGGCCGACGUUUUGGGGAACUUUUGGGCUAUAAUGAGAGGGAUAUGAAGCUCUUGUACCCCUUCAAGGAGAAGAUAUUCUACAACAUUAUGAGGGAGAGUGGCUACUUACAUAUCCAGGCCACCAAGCCAGACACCAUAGGUUGUGCUCUGAAUGACUCUCCUGUGGGCCUGGCUGCCUACAUCCUAGAAAAGUUCUCCACCUGGACCAACUCAGAAUACCGGAAUCUGGAGGAUGGGGGCCUGGAAAGGAAGUUCACCCUGGAUGAUCUGCUGACCAACAUCAUGAUCUACUGGACAACAAGGACCAUCAUCUCUUCCCAACGAUUCUACAAGGAGAACAUGGGCCAGGGCAUCAUGGUCCAUAGGCAUGAGGGGAUGAAGGUCUUUGUGCCCACGGGCUAUGCUGCCUUCCCUUGUGAGCUACUGCAUGCCCCGGAAAAGUGGGUGAAGGGGAAGUAUCCCAAGCUCAUCUCCUAUUCCUACAUGGAACGUGGGGGCCACUUUGCUGCCUUUGAAGAGCCCAAACUUCUGGCCCAGGACAUCCACAAAUUCGUGUCACUGGCUGAACUGCAGUGAUAACAUUGGGGACCAACCAUGGCUUCAGAAGCAGUCCUGGCUCCUCCCUAGUCUCCCCUCUGGAAGAUGCACACUCUCUGAGAAAUGAGUUUGAGUGCCCUGCAGGCUCUGGGAGCCAAGGCACACCCCUCCACCUCUCAGCACCCCUAUAUGUUAGGUUACAGACCCUAAAAAAAAAUGCUGCUUCUUUAAAAGAAACAGGCACUGCAGCUUCAGAGAGAUGUAGCCACGCCUCCCUGCCAGGAAGCGGGUAGGUCUCUCUCUUGCAAAGGGAACUAACAGACAACCUACUUUGGUCUUGAAGUCUCUUCCUCCACUCUGUUGCUGUGGGUAAGGCCAACCCCCUGCUAUCGAGACCCAAUUUAACCUUGAAUUAUCCGUUGCUCCUUCAUCUAGUAUCUUCCUGACUCCUAGCACUGGCUCUCUCGCUUUCCCUCCUUUCAAGACUCCCUUGCAUUGCCCAUAGAGCAGUACCACAACUCUCCUAAUAAAGCUCUUUGGAAGGACA